AUGGUGGAUUUCGUCGAAGAUGAGUACAACAUCAGUCAACAAUUGGAGCUUUGUGAUCAUUGCCAUCACAUCGAGGCAGCCUCUCAACAAGAAGGUACGCUAAAUUAUCGCUUGUACUCUGAUUACGCCGAGCACGGAGAUCUGAGCGAACUUCUCAAUGUUUAUUACCAGGAAGAGAAUUUGGACAAGCAAAUACCUGAGCAGUUCAUCUGGAUGGUCUUUAAUGCGCUGGCUGACGCCAUAUGUACCCUGAACACGGGGUUGUGCGGAGAGACGCUCGACGAGGACAUAGCGGCGAAAAGAGCAGACAAUGGCCCAGAAGUCGGAAAUGAGGGAGAGAAGACGAAGAAAAGAAAGCGAGGUGGGAACAAGCCAAGGAAGAAAUUUACAAGCAGCAUGGUGCACUUGGAUGUCAAGCCAGCGAACAUCUUUCUCAGUACCGCUAAAGAACCCUACCUAGCGUACCCAAAGACUCUCCUUGCUGACUACGAUGUCGUCAAGACGAUCUCACCAAGCACAGAUGCUUUAGAGGGUAGGAAAGACUGGGGCACGAAAGGAUUUCAAGCUCCAGAGAUCACCGUAGAGGUCGCGCAUCAUCAUUCCGUCAAUGCUAAGACAGAUAUUUGGUCGCUUGGGAUGGUCAUCUGGAAACUGAUGCAUACUACGCUUGGAAGAGAAACGUCGGAUCAGAUAUGCGAGAACAGCAUCAAAGCUUCAUUCCAAUUUGCAGAAGGAGAUACGUUCACAUCGACGGACAUCCCAGGUUACGAUGCGAUGUAUUCCAAUGCCUUGCACCAACUGGUGAUCGACUGUCUCCAGAUCAACCCGGAAAAGCGACCAGGUUACGAGACUUUGAGGAAGAAAGCGAAAGCGGAGUUUGAGAGAUCGCAGAGGCGGUUAGGCCCGGUAUCGUCGGGUGAUGAAAUGGGUAGUGAUAUUGCCGGUCACCUCCGAGUUCUCAGGAAAGAAGAGUUGGAGUAUAAACUUGGGGAUAUGUUUGUCGAACCUUUGAGCAAGAGGAGAAAAGCUCAAUCGCACGUCGAACAAAAUGCCGAUGUAUGA